AUGUGUGAAGACAACCACACUGAAGUAACUGUUUUCUUGCUUCUUGGAUUUCAAGGACUGUAUAAAUUUAAAAUUCUUUUCUUCACUCUGUUCCUUUUACUAUAUGUGGUGAUAUUGAAUGGAAACCUUCUCAUUAUUGUUUUAAUAUCAAUAAAGGAACAUCUAAAAAUCCCAAUGUUCUUCUUCCUCAAACACUUGGCAAUAGCUGACCUACUGAUAUCCACCUCCGUAGUCCCAAUGAUGUUAGAUAUUAUACUGAAGGACGAAGGAGACGUAUCGCUGGUUGGCUGCAUUAUUCAGCUUUACUGUUUUGCUAUUUCCGGUUCUUUGCAAAGUUUUCUGAUUGCUGUCAUGUCCUUCGAUCGGUAUUUGGCCAUCUGCAACCCACUCCGGUAUUCGUCCCUUAUGAACCCCCAUGUUAUUUCCCAGCUGAUCAUUGGGUUGUGGGUCUUGGUUAUUAUUUUAUUAUCAAGUGAAGUGAUUGAGUUAUUUCAAUUUAAAUACUGUGGGCCGAAUUCUAUAGACCACUUUUUCUGCGAUUUCAGCCCCGUAGUUGAAUUGUCCACCUCAGACACUUCUUUGAUGCUUCAAGACUUUUUUGUUUCCAUCGUUACAAUAUUUUUACCAUUUGCCUUUAUUAUUAUAACAUAUACCUGUAUUUCGGUCACUAUUCUGAAGAUAUCUUCAACUUCUGGGCGAAGGAAAGCCUUCUCCACUUGUAGUUCACAUUUGACCGUGGUUUGUGCUUAUUAUGGAGCAUUAAUCAUUGUGUAUGUGGCACCACCUGAUGACAGUUCAAUCAACAUGAACAAAUAUAGGUCUCUCCUGUACAUGGUGGUGUCUCCAUUGAAGAAUCCAAUGAUAUAUAGCUUGAGAAACCAUGAGAUCAAGAGAGCUCUGCAAAAAAUGAUGGCUACGUUUAAAACUUUUUGCACAUAA